AGCCAAGUUCACUGUCAUGUGUGAGUAGAGAUCUCGUUUGCUGAAUCUUGCAAGAGAUCAUAAGAAAUUAAAUGUGAAUUAAAGUCGUAAUAUUUUUGUGGGAGAAAAAAGAAAGAAAGAAAAGGAAAUGGAAGAACAUAAAUGGAUUGUACCAACAAGUAGGAUUUGAAUGAGAAAAAACAGAAGGCUAUGUGGGUCACAUACACACGUUGUCUUCAGGCAAUUCCAUGUGCCCACAUGGCGCUGCUCUCUCAUCAUUCACACACAUAUUUACUCUUCUUCUUUCUCCAUUAAUCAAAUCAAAUCCCCUCCCACCAUAAAAAGAAUCACACAGUUUAUAUACCCAAGAUUUGAGUUUCAUGUAUGCACCUAUUUAUCUAUGUAAAUAACCUUUCAGAAUCCCGAGUUAAAUUUUUCACACACAACACGCAGUGGGGAAAAUGGAGAAGAGCAGCAAUGGGUUCGUGAGGGCAGAUCAGAUAGAUUUGAAGAGCUUGGAUGAGCAGCUCGAGAGGCAUUUGAAUAGGGCUUUGACUCUUGAGAAGAACAGGAAGAGUCAAGACGCCGACUUCUCCCACUCCUCCGCCCUCCCCGCCUUCUCCGCCGCCGCCGCCGCCGCCGUCGCCAGGCGCCCGAGGCAGGAGUGGGAGAUUGACCCUUCUAAGCUGAUCAUCAAGAGCGUCCUCGCACGUGGCACCUUCGGCACUGUCCACCGUGGCGUUUACGACGGCCAAGAUGUCGCCGUUAAACUGCUCGAUUGGGGGGAAGAGGGUCAUAGGACAGAAGCUGAAAUUCAAUCCUUAAGAUCAGCUUUCACUCAAGAAGUUGCUGUGUGGCAUAAACUCGAUCAUCCUAACGUAACAAAGUUUAUAGGCGCAACAAUGGGCUCUUCAGGGCUCAACAUUCAAACAGAAAAUGGUCACAUCGGCAUGCCCAGUAAUAUAUGCUGUGUUGUUGUGGAAUAUCUUCCUGGCGGUGCGUUGAAAUCUUACCUCAUAAAGAACAGGAGAAAGAAGUUAGCAUUCAAAGUUGUCGUGCAUAUGGCACUUGAUCUCGCUAGAGGGUUAAGUUACCUUCACUCUCAAAAGAUUGUUCAUAGGGAUGUUAAAACAGAGAAUAUGUUGUUAGACAAGUCGCGGACGGUUAAGAUAGCUGAUUUUGGAGUUGCUCGUGUCGAAGCCUCGAAUCCAAACGACAUGACAGGGGAGACGGGAACUCUUGGAUACAUGGCACCAGAGGUUCUCAAUGGCAACCCAUACAAUAGAAAAUGCGACGUCUACAGCUUUGGAAUCUGUUUGUGGGAGAUAUACUGCUGCGACAUGCCAUAUCCUGACCUCAGCUUCUCCGAGGUGACAUCAGCGGUCGUGCAGCAGAACUUGAGGCCCGAUAUACCCAGAUGCUGCCCAAGCUCCCUUGCAAACGUGAUGAAACGAUGCUGGGAUGCGAAUCCCGACAAGAGACCUGAGAUGGACGAGGUGGUUGCCAUGAUCGAGGCCAUUGAUACAUCGAAAGGCGGUGGAAUGAUCCCUGUCGAUCAGCAGCAAGGCUGUCUCUGCUUCCGUACGAAACGCGGUCCGUGAAGAUCGUUCGUUCCCGCUGGCGGUGAGCAUACGUUCGGUUCGGUUUUCUUGCACAAGAAGAUGAAAUCUUCGGAGGAAUUGCCUGAGCCAAAAAUUGUGUUUGGUAGUUGUGGAUAUAGGCUAACAAGCUUUGCUGCAUAUCUUUUGCAUGGUGUAAAGAUUUAGAAGUAUUGUUCAUCGACAUUCUAUCAAUAUUAAUUCAUUUUAUUA